GGGUAUAAAAGGGCAAACAGAGGAGGAGCAGGUGGGAGAAAAGCGCGAGAAACCUCGAAGCAAAACCUCUGAGAAGAGGACUGAGCUUGGCUGCAAAAAAUCGGUUCAGCAGCAGGCCUUGAUACGAUCCUAUGGCAGUUCAGCCGCCACCGGAUUCCCAAAAGCAAGCCGCUGCCUAUGCAGAAGAAUAUGUUAAGAUCAGUGAAGAAGAAAUCGAAGAGAUUAGGGAUGCACUUGAAGGAGGAAGAAUGGCAGAAGCAGCGUCCAAAAUAUUGGAAAACCUGCAGGCUUUGGAGAAUGCCCGGCUGGACAUUGCAGUAACGGGAGAGUCUGGCUCCGGCAAGUCCUCGUUUGUCAACGCCAUUCGAGGCCUAGGGGAUGAAGACGAAGGAUCUGCCGACACUGGGGUUGUGGAGACCACAAAGGAGCCCACUCCUUAUUCACACCCCAAGCACCCCAACGUGACUGUGUGGGAUCUUCCCGGAAUCGGCACUCCAGAUUUCCAGUCCAGCACUUACCUGGAACAGGUCAACUUCUCCCGCUAUGACUUCUUUAUUCUCAUUGCCUCAGAGCGCUUCAAGUCCAACCAUGCCCAGUUGGCGCAGGAAAUCCAGCGGAUGGGCAAAUGCUUCUACUUUGUGCGCUCGAAGGUAGACGCAGAUCUAGAGGCCACCAAAAAGCGCCGGCCAAAAGCCUACGACGAGGAGGCGAUACUGAGGAAGAUUCGAGAGAAUUGCAAAGAGUGCCUUCAGGCCGAAGGAGUGGCUGCUCCCCAGGUCUUCCUCCUUUCCAGCUGGGAGCUAAACAAGUACGACUUCAUACAGCUCGAGGAGACUCUGGAGAAGGAGCUGCCGAGCCACAAGAGACAUGCCUUCCUCAUGGCCCUGCCAAACAUCUCUUUGUCCAUCUUGCAGAAGAAGAAAGAGGCCUUGCAGAAGCAAAUCUGGAAGCUGGCUGCCGUCUCAUGCGGAAUAGCAGCUGUGCCCAUCCCAGGCCUCUCUGUAGCUUGCGAUAUAGCUAUCCUGGUUAAGUCUCUUUCGGGAUACUGUCAGAACUUCGGCCUAGACGACGAAUCCCUUGGCAAAUUAGCUGAGAAAGUUGACAAGACUGUGGAGGAGCUUAAAGAGGUGAUUGAGUCACCACUGGCCAAAGAAAUCUCCAAGGACCUCGUGGUGACGAUGUUAACCAAAGCUGGUGGUGGGGCAUUGAUGGUGGUGGAGUACGCUGUCAGCACAAUCCCUGUAUUUGGCUCUGUAGCAGCUGGAGGGAUAUCCUUCGGAACCACCUAUUACAUGCUUCGCAGCUUCCUAAACGAGGUGGCAGGUGAUGCUCAGAAUGUCCUCAUCAAGGCCUUUGAGUCUGAUGUUUGAAAGAGUUAUUCGGAUCUUGUGUAGUGAUCCAUGAUGGGUGCUUAGCUUCUAAAUGGAUGGAACGGCACCGAAUCGAACAGAGCUCUGUCUUACAGUUCUCAGGGUUCUUUGAGGAAAGCUAUGGCAGUUAAACUAGAAUGAAGCUGGUUGAAACUUGUCAUGUAGACGUGAGCCAUAUGCAUUUGACUGGAGGCCUUUUUGAAUCGGAUUGCUUCCUUUAGUGAAAAUGGAUGAUGAAUUUUUAAUUUGUUUUAAUGUUACCACUCUAAUGACUUUAUAACUAAAGCCAAGAUUGUGCUGUUUUAUACCCAGUGAAGCUCCUCUGGCAACGUUCAGGGCUUAACUUAACAAAGAACUGGAAUACAAAUCAGUUCCCUUUUUACUAGUGGUUCAAGCCACAGAUUGUGACAACCUGAAUCUUUAGGCCUGUCUUGCUUUCCUUUCUCUUUUUUCUUUUUUGAAUAAUAAAAUGUGUCUAACCUAAAGCA